UUUACACAAAUAAUAAAUAACGCGUGUGCGGCGAGCAAGUUAAAGAAGAGAGAGAGCGAGCGAGCAGCAGGCAGCGAGUGAUAAGAACAAUGAAGGUCAUUGACUCCCUCCUUCGCUGCAGCCGGUCAAAGUGCAACGCUUGCCACCAUACAGGUUUGCCCUGGUGGGCGGUCACCCCUGGACGGACUUGCUUCCUGAGUCCAUGGCCGCCACCAGAGCCGUGUCCCUGGCGUCGUAAGGGACAGGCGGACAGGUCCCACGUCACCUUCGACCUGACCGCGUGGCUUCACCAUCCAGCCACCCAGACCGGCAGCCAUCGUGCCAAUUCGAUCGACUCGAGCAACAACUCGCCGCGACCAUCACCUCCGAUCACUCCGCACCAUCAAGACAACGAACUCGAUAAGUACAAUUUGCGAGUGCAACUUCAGUGA